UGGGUAAGCACAGAAUACGAAUAAAGAAGAAUAUUCGAUUUACAAGCGCAAUCCUCGCUGUAAUAGUGAUGCAACGAUUGAGUUCUGAAUCAUUAGAAUUGGCACUUUAGCACUCAUAAAAUUUACGUUUGUUUUUUCUUAACCUUUUUCUUUGUCUACCGUUUAAACCAAUUACAGAAGCAGGAAAAUUCAUUUGUGUCCACCCAAUCCCUCCCCCCUCUCUCUGUCUACAAAGUUGAUCCUACCAGAACGUUCGUCUUCUCAAAAUUCAAUCCAAUAUCUCUGUUUUUUAUUGAAUUUUUAAUCUUCACAUUUUUGGAUUUGAAAAAGAAAUUAUGGCUUCUCGAAGGCGGAUGCUUCUCAAGGUCAUAAUCCUCGGCGAUAGUGGGGUGGGGAAGACAUCUCUGAUGAACCAGUAUGUGAAUCGCAAGUUUAGCAACCAAUACAAAGCCACAAUUGGAGCUGAUUUCUUGACAAAAGAAGUUCAAUUUGAGGAUAGGUUGUACACAUUACAGAUAUGGGAUACGGCUGGGCAGGAAAGGUUCCAAAGCCUUGGUGUGGCUUUCUAUCGUGGAGCAGAUUGUUGUGUUCUAGUGUAUGAUGUGAAUGUCAUGAAGUCAUUUGAGAACCUUAACAACUGGAGAGAAGAAUUUUUGAUCCAGGCCAGCCCAUCUGAUCCGGAGAACUUCCCAUUCGUUGUAUUGGGGAAUAAGAUAGAUGUUGACGGUGGCAACAGUCGAGUGGUGUCUGAGAAGAAAGCCAAGGCAUGGUGUGCCUCCAAGGGGAUACCUUACUUUGAGACCUCUGCAAAGGAGGGAUUCAAUGUGGAUGCAGCUUUCCAGUGUAUAGCCAAAAAUGCUCUAAAAAAUGAGCCUGAAGAAGAAAUAUACCUUCCGGAUACUAUUGAUGUUGCUGGUGGAAAUCAAUCAAGAUCAACAGGAUGUGAAUGUUGAAGGGUUUCUUCAGUUGCAUUAUUCGAUAACUGCAAGUGCAAGUUCCCUUACUCUGAUGAUUUAUUUACUACAAUGCCGUUAAGUCCUCCGUAUUUGAUUUUUGACGUGGAUUACUCCUAAAGUGUAAUUAUGACGUUGCAAAUUUUUUUCCCUUUCCUUGAAUACUCAUUUGUAUUUCAGAUCUUAUGCUGGGACAUAAUAAUAUACAAUUCAUGAUCCAGACACUGGACUACAUGUUUUAAGAACAAUUA